AAUUAUUCUGUGGUAUGUUUAGAUUAUUUUGAAAACUCGUACCUUUCAGUCUUUCUUUUAUUAUAAACGAUUUAUUUAUUGGAUCUUCGAUGUCCAACGUUCAUUGCAAUUUCACAAUCGCUCGUAGACUUCACUUUAUUAAAGCAAUCGUAAUAAAGAUCCAGGGCACAGGCAAAGCAACGAACACGAACGGAGUGCCAGAAUCGCAUAAUCGUCAUAUAAAAUCAUCAAAAUUUUCAUAAUUCUCCAAGCUAUUGGGCAUUAUUUGUCGUGGUCUGCACACGUUUAAUUUAAAGAAGCAUUAAGAAGCAGUCGUCGAUGCAUUCCUUGCGAUUGGUGAUCCAGUGCCUGGCCACGCGCCAGGCCCAGAUAAUGACCCAGAUGCGCCGGGCCAGCGGGAGCAGCAGCUUUCCGGAGCUGGUCUUCCCGGACGACCAGGACAUCGAGCCGGAGGACGAGCAGGACGAUCUGGAACCACUGUAUCCGAUUCUGCACAGGCGCCACACCGACCUCUUUUACAUGCCGCACUGCGUGGGUCCGGCGUACCAGGGUCUCAUCUCUCCGGUGGAUCAGCCAUAUGCCAGCGCCUACUAUCCGGCGGACGCACAGGCGCUGGUCAAGGGGAGCGAUAGUGUUUCUGGGUCUGUGAUCCCGCCAACCGACAUGUGGGUGGUGGCUUGCCCCAAGCUUCUGGUGGAGUACAUGCGUCGCCUCUUCCUGCAUCCGUUCUCCGGGUUUGGCAGUUCGAUGAACUUCAGCUUGAUUGGUUUGCGAUUCCAGGACGUCGAUGCCGACACUGCCCUGCGCUCCUUUGUACUGAUGGCCAGCUACAAUUCACGCGAAAUUAUGCACAACGGCUACUGGGCGGACUUUGUCAAUCCGCUGACUGGCCGCGCCCACUUCCGAGCCGCCCACGCCAGCCGAAAGAGGUGCAGGGAGGCCCGGCUCCUCUGCCGCGGGCUGACCUUUACCAACGCCAAUGGCUGCACAGUAAUCGAGAAGGAGGAGCAGGGCGAUCAGUUCACCGGUUGCAUCUUCACGGACACACCCUGCAAGGUCCUGGAGUCGUGGUGCUCGUAGAGGAUCAUGAGCUCCACGCCAAGCUGCCCCAAUUCCAUGUCUCAGAUUGUGCUUGCACUAAAGUCCAGUUGAGAAAUCACAUUCCCAACCCCACGAGGCAAAGUUCAUAAAAAUUUCACGUAAAACAUUUUGGUCAUAUUCAUUUUGCCAAAGUUUAUGAUGAACAUUUCAAAUCGGAUGUUAUUUAUUUUACUAAACACGAUUGAUAAAAUUUAUGUUGGAUUGUUCUUACAUUUCGCCAAGGAUGAUAAACGGAUGAGAAAAGAAGCUGGGACGUUUGAGGAUUUAAAUAAUAUUGUUUUUAUAAUUUUGAAAA